CCCCGGGAGCGGGCCAUGCCGCCGCGGGAGCUGAGCGACGCCGAGCCACCGCCUCUCCCAGCCUCGACCCCUCCUCCGCGGCGGCGCAGCGCACCUCCGGAGCUGGGCAUCAAAUGCGUGCUAGUGGGCGAUGGCGCGGUGGGCAAGAGCAGUCUCAUCGUCAGCUACACCUGCAAUGGGUACCCCACGCGCUACCGGCCCACGGCACUGGACACCUUCUCCGUGCAAGUCCUGGUAGAUGGAGCCCCUGUGCGAAUCGAGCUCUGGGAUACCGCAGGGCAGGAGGACUUUGACCGGCUUCGCUCCCUCUGCUACCCAGAUACUGAUGUCUUUCUGGCUUGCUUCAGUGUGGUGCAGCCCAGCUCCUUCCAAAACAUCACAGAAAAAUGGCUGCCGGAGAUCCGCACUCACAACCCCCAAGCCCCUGUGUUGCUGGUGGGCACUCAGGCUGAUCUGAGGGACGAUGUCAAUGUACUAAUUCAACUGGACCAGGGAGGCCGGGAGGGCCCAAUACCCCAACCCCAGGCCCAGGGUCUGGCGGAGAAAAUCCGGGCCUGCUGCUACCUUGAGUGUUCAGCCUUGACACAGAAGAACUUGAAGGAAGUGUUUGACUCGGCCAUUCUCAGUGCCAUUGAACACAAAGCCCGCCUAGAGAAGAAACUGAACGCAAAAGGUGUGCGCACGCUCUCUCGCUGCCGCUGGAAGAAGUUCUUCUGCUUUGUUUGA